CAGCCCUCAAUCCCUAAUAGUAAUACGAUCGAUCCCCAUGGACUCGCGCAAGCGCCGCCGCGCCGACGGCGUCGACCGGCUGAGCGAGCUGCCAGACUGCCUGCUGCUGGACAUCCUGUCGCGCGUGGGGUCCCGGCUGGCCGUGCAGACGAGCCCGCUCUCCCGCCGGUGGCGCCACCUCUGGCGCGACGUCCCCUGCGCCGACGUCGACGAGCGCGACUUCUCCUGCUCCUCCGGCGGCGGCCGAGAGUUCUUCGACUCGUUCGAAUACAACGGCGACAGCCAGGAGCAGCGGCAGCGGUGUUCCCGCUUCGAGGACUUCGCGGACCACGUCCUCUCGCCGUCGACGUCGCCGCUGUGCCCGCACCGCCGGCUCGACGCCUUCCGCCUGCGCAUCGAGAGCCGCUGCGCCUACGCCACCACCGACCGCUGGGUCCGCCGCGGGCUCGCCCGCUCCCCGGCCGCCGUCACCAUCCACGGGCCCGGGGGCACCGCCGGCGCCGUCCGCUGGUGGAUCAGCCCGUCCCCAUCUUCGUCUUCCUCCUUGGGCCGCCUCACCAAGCUGCAUCUCGUCGCGGUCACCAUACCGCCGGGCUGCUUCGUCUCGUCCAUGGGCUACGUCCUGGGCUGCCCGGCCCUCGAGGACCUGCACAUGGAGCGCUGCUACGCCCACGGGUUCCACGCCAUAUCCUCGCCCAUACUCAGGAGGCUCGCCGUCGUCAGCCUUUGGCCCUACUGCCACGUCGCCGCCGCCGAUCUCCCCAGCCUUGCGUACCUGCGCCUCGUCCUUCUCUGCCGCGGAGACCACGCGCCCGCCCCGGAGGAGAACCAGGCGCCGCUGCCGUCGGUCGCCGAGGCCUCGAUCCGGCUCACCGAGUUGGAUUACGAGUACCAUCGCAAUAAGCGAGAAAGGAAGAAGAACAAGCUCGACUUCUUGAAGACCAUGUGCGGCCUCGAUAUUUCCAGCUUCACCACCACGGCAUUGCUAGAGGAGGAAUCCCAAGAAUUCCCUCUACUGGAUCACCUGAGGACCUUGCGUCUCGACGAUUGUGAGCUUGGAGUCAACUUCCACGCACUGACCAGCGUCCUUCGGAACACCCCUAAAUUGGAGACACUCAGAUUGCACCGAUGCAAGUUUUUAGGCUCGACACCGAGGGAGGACACCUUCCAAACGUGGUGGCUCGACAACUAUGACUCUUCAGUGCAAGAACCUGAAAUUGAUAGAGAUCAAGAACCGGCAGGACGAUGCGCCUCAAAUCCUUCGACUUCUAACGGAGGUUUCCAAGGGAAUGCCCAUGGCACAGUGGCGGCGGGUCGACAGAGUGAGCAAUGUGGCGGGCUUGGUGACGGUACAACUUCAUAGAACAGAGAAAGGGACAAAACUGGUUUAGAGUUGCUUCCUAUAUAUUUCAUACGACCUGCAAUUAAUAGAGAUCAAGAGCCGGCAGGACGAUGCGCCUCAAAUCCUCCGACUUCUAACGGAGGUUUCCAAGGGAAUGCCCAUGGCACAGUGGCGGCGGGUUGACGGAGUGUGAACGAUGUGGCGGGCUCGGUGAUGGUACAACUUCAUAAAACGGAGAAAGGGAAAACACUGGUCCAAAGUUACUUCCAACUAUUCAAUUUUGAAUAAUGUUGGUGUAUUCUUGUUUUUACUCUAUAUAUUGGUUUACAUCCCCUUUCCUUUAGUC